CCAAAAUGACCGUCAUAUAUUUGUGUAUUGCCAAAUUAUAUAUUCUUAAUUAACAAUAAUUUAUAGUGUAAUUAUCGUAAAAUAAAAAAAAAGUUUUUAAGUUUGUAAAAAUUGAUAUUUAUCAUGACGCUCAAUGCAUUUAUUGAUCUGUAUGUAUACAUUCAUGUAAAUAUAUAAUAUAGCAUUGUAUUGAUAUACCCGGUUUAAAGUACGAGUAUUUAAGAGUUAGUGGCAAUGGAAUCACCAGGAUUGAGUGAUCCAAAACAACCUAAAGAUGAUGUGUCACAGAGCUCGAGCAGUGCAGCUAAUGUUGAUAGAUCAGAAACGCCAGACAGUAAUCGUGGUCCUGGUGAUGAUGAAUCCGCAGCUGAUAGUCCUAAAAUAACCAAACCAGUUCUAGGUAAAGCUCAAGCUAAGAAACGAUUAAUGGCAUUUGCUAAUAAAUUUCCACCAUCAGUAAUACAAAAGCCUGUUGAAAAAAGUUUUAGUUUUAACAAGAAUCGCAAUAUAAAUUCAUUUCAAGUAAAUAAAAAAAAGUCUAAAGAUAGUAUUAAAAAUUUGGUUACUGACGUUAAUAAAAGUAAAAAUAAAGUUGACAUUAAGAUGGAAACAAUUGAGAAACAUGAUGUUCAAUUACCGACAAGGAGCUCACCUACUAAAAAAUCUAAAAAAAGAGUUGAGACAAAGAUAGCGGCAAUUGAAGAGAUUAUUCGUGAAGAUGCUAAACAAAAACUAUUAUUGACUAAUUAUUUGAUUGAAAAAAAAAAUGAUAUUGAUAAUUUUAUACUUAAUAGCGAUAAGAAUGAUGAUAGGAAUGACGAUAAGAAUAACGAUAGAAAUGAUGAUAAGAAUAACGAUAGAAAUGAUGAUAAGAAUAACGAUCGAAAUGACAAUAGAAAUAACGAUAGAAAUGACGAAAGGAAUAAUGAUAGAAAUGACGACAGGAAUAAUGAUAGAAAUGACGAUAGGAAUAAUGAAAGAAAUGACGAUAGGAAUGAUCGCAAUAAAAAUUUUGGUCGGCAUCAACAAUGGGAUCGUCGUAAUCAAUAUUUUCACAAUGACAAUUUUCGUCGUGGUAAUUUUAAUCAAAAUUAUUACGGUGAUCGUAAAUUCAAUGAUAGACGAUGGCAAUUUAAUGACUUUCGUGAUCGUUCUAGAAGUAGAGAAAGAAGAAAUGAUAAUUUUAUCAGGAACAGACGUCGCAGUAAUUCACUGGAAAUGGAUCAGCAGCAUAAAAUGAAAAUACACAAACAUGAUAAACCAUAUUUCAAUAGACAUCGUAAUUACAAUAAUCAUAGAAAGGAAAAAAGAGAGGAACAAUUUGAACCGAUUGAAAAAAUUGAUUGGAGAAGUUUCAAAAGACAAGGGGGUCAGAUACGAGCUAGAUCUUUAUCAGUAGACAUUAAUGAAGGUACAAAUACUCCUAUCAAUAAGGAAGUUAAGUUUAAAACGCCACAAGAGUAUAAUGCACAAUUACAUCACAUGUUGAUGAUUGGAACUCAUCAUGUAAAACGAACUUGCGUUACUGUUGAUGGAAUAAAUGAAACCAAAAAACAGUAUCCACCUGAAUCAAUUCGUAUUACAAAGAAAUGUAAUGGUCAGGGUUUAUUUUACUGUGAGAAUCCUAAUAUUUCCCUUUUGCUUCCUUGUCAACAGCUUUAUCAGAUGCUUCCUCCAGAUCGUUCUGAUCUUAUGCGAAAAAUAUCUCAUGCUGUCGCUGGGUCUUCAAAGGAAAAUCUUGACCAAGAAGAACAAGGCCCCAAAAAAUGGUUUGGACAAAUUCAUAACGCUGAGUCUAGACAAGCUGAGUAUGAAGUAAAAGAUAUUGACAAAUCUUUGUCUCCAGUUAAUUCUGCUGAACCUCCAAAGUCUAGGUGGGAUAGUGAAGAUGAGGCAGCUGCAGCAGUAGACGAUUCUUCUAGUAGUUCAUCUGAGAGUCAGUCAGAAACUUCAGAUAAUGAAGAAGAUGACGGAAACGAAAAAGAAGAAGGAGAUAAAGAAGAAGAAAAAGACAAAGUAGAAAAAAUAACGCCUAUUGUGAAAGAAGACGUAGAAGAAGAAGUAACAGAUAAUGAUAAAAAAGUAGAGAAAGACGAAGAAGAAGAUAAAGUUGAUGAAGAUGAAGAAAUGUCUUCAUCUGAGAAAGUAAACUUAACACCUGCAUCUUCUGUUAAUGAAAUAAUGCCAAAUGAAGAUGUAUCGAAUGAAAUGGAAUCAGAUAAAGUAGAAUCUAAUGAAGAGAUAUCAAGUAAAGACAUAGCUAUUGAAGUAGUAUCUAGUGAAAUUACAACAACACCAAUAACAGAUAACGAUGACGAUAAAUCGGGGGAAAAAGUUGAAGUUGGAGAAAAAUUAGUGUCAGAAUACGAACAAUUUAUGAAGAUGGUCGCUAAUGAAGAGGAAGCAGAUAACACAGAAGACAUUGUUCAAACUGUUGAAAAUGAAUCGCCAGUGAAAGUUAAAGUUGAGUCAAAAGUCGUUUUUAAUCCACCGAUAACUGAUGAUUGUAACAAAAAAACGGACGAUCAAGAUGUCGAACAUGCUUCAGAUAUACAAAAUUUUGAUCCUGUUGUAGAAAGUGCACCUCUUAUUCACUCUAAAAAUAAUUCAGAAAGUGCUCCUGUUAAAAUCGAAAAGAUUGAUAAGACAAUUGAACUUGAUCCCGGAAUAAGUGACUGGGCAAAUAUUCGAGGAACGCCAAAACAUAGAAGAUCAUCGAAAUCUGAUAAAUUGCGGAAAAGAAAAGAACGUAAGAAAAAGAAAUAUAGAAAAACAGUAUCGUCUAGUGAUAGCAGUGAUUCUUCAUCAAGCUCAUCAGAAUCCGAGGAUGAAAAACGUAAAAGAAAACGCAAAAAAAAGAGAAAGAAGAAACGCACAAGAGAUUCAAGUUCCGAUAGUUCUAGUAGUGAUAGUGAUGAUUCUAGUGAUGAAUCUAGUCAUUCAUCAAAGAAAAAGAGAAAAAAAAGAAAAAAUAGAAAGAAAUUGCGUCUUAGAAAUAAGAAAAAACGUGCAAGAAAAGAUAGCACUGUUUCGAAUUCAAGUUUUGAAUUUGAUGAAAUUACGCGCAAACGAAAGAAAAGAAAGGAUUCAAAACAACAUAAAGUGUCCAAACGAAGACGAUCUAAAUCUACUGAGAAGAAAAGAAUACAAAAAAUGAACCGUGAGAGUAAAAAUAAAAUUGAAAAUGAGAGUCUCGGGGUAGUAAUUAAAGAAGAGGUGUCACAUUCACCAUACUGGGAGGCUGAAGUUAACAGAGCAAAUGUAAGUGUUGCGUUAGGUUCUACAGUUACUCGAAUUACAGGAUCUCCAGAAGAUAAAGCAUCUACCCAACCCAUCACAAAAGUGCCGUCAGCUGAAAAACUCUUUCAAGUAUGGGACAACAACUCUAGUUCACAAGUGACUUCACAGCAGCCUGAUGAUUCACAGCAGGAGGCACCAAAAAUUGAAGAACCACAGCAAGAAGAAAUUUCAAAUGAAGUUGUAAAUGAAGAUACUGCUGUCGUGGAGGAUGAGCAUAAAUCUGUAAAAGAUAUUGAAUCCGUACAUCAUUCACCAGUUGAUAAACCUAGUGAUGUUAUUGAGAUAAAUACUGAUACUGUAAGUGAUCAGCUAAGUGAAAAGAAAAGUAAAAGAGAUAGUUCACGCAGUAAAAAAGUCAAAAAAAUUAAAAAGAAACGUCGCAGUAUUAGUACAAGUAGUACAUCAAGUAAUAGCAGCAGUGGAUCAUCGGAUGGUGACAGCAAUAAAAAGAAAAAGUCUCGUGAAAAACGAAAAAAGAAAAAUCGUUCAAAACGACGAUCACCAAGUCAGUCUGAGUUGAUUAAAAAACUUAAAAAAUAUCGUGCUAAAUUAUCAGAAUCAUAUGAUUUUGAUGCUUUACAUUUUCCAUCUUUGACACAACUCGAAGAGAGUAAUGAAAAUUUACCUGUUAUCAAUGAUUGGGAAGUUGAUAGUUUGGAUGCUUUGGAAAAGUUUGCGUCAAAUUCCUCAAAGGAUAAAUCAACAGCAAAAAUUGAUAAAAAACUUGAGAAAGGGUUACUGUAUGAUAGUAAAACUGAUACGUACAUUGCUAUUGAAAAAAACAAAACACAACGUGAAAAUAAAAAGAAACAAGUUAAUAGAAUUUGCCCAUUGAGAAUUUGGGAAGACGAAGAAGAAGAAGGUGAACGUGAAGCAAAAAUGUUGAUGGAGGAGAAAAUUAAAAAAGAAAAUGAGUUAAAAGUGCAGGAUGAACAAUCGAUCAUUGAACCAGUGGCAUCAUCGCUUAUUCCGAAUAUUGUUGAGGAAGAAAAAGAAGAAGAAUCAAAACCUGUCGAUCUCCCAGAUGAUUCAGCUAAAAUAAAAGAUGAGGAUGCAAAAGAAGAAAAGCCUUCAGGAUGGGUAGAAAUUACUCCUGAGAGUGAAGAUAAAGCUGUGGAAAUCGUACCUGAGCAACAAGUGCCGCCGACUACGCGAUGGGCUGAACCUAGUCCAGUCCUAUUAAAAGAGGAAGAAGACCUGGAAGAUGAUAAUCUUGUGCCUGUUAAUUGGGAAGAGGAAGAAGUUGAUUGGGAAAGUCAAUCAUCAUUUAUCACUGGUGUUAAAUCUGCAAAGGCAUCUAAAAGUAAAAAGGAAUCAAGUGACAGUAGCAGUGAUAGUAGUGACAGCAGUAGCAGCAGUGAAAGCAGUGACAGCGAUACACAAAAUGAUAAAAGAAGCCGACAUAAACAUGAUUCUUCAUCUAAAUCUAAAUAUUCUGGAUCUAAAAAUCCUAGUCCUGCCGUAGAAACUGAAGCAAUGAAAAAGUUGCGUAUGAAUAUAUUUGCUCAGUUUGCAGCACCUGAAUCUACUGGUGACUUUACUCAACUACCGGACACGAAAAUUGAUAUAGAUAUAUCCUCGUUUAAAUUAAGUCCUGAAGAGUUAUUGUCAUCCAAAUCUGUUGAGACUAAUAAAUCAAUUGAAUCUUCAGAAAUUCCUAUACCAAAAUUCGAUGAUACUCGUUUUCUUACUCGAGAUAGAACAGAUAGUACUGUCGAAAAAGGAACAUUCCGUCAAAGUUUCCAAGAAGUUCGCCUUCGAUCUUAUUCAAGAUCUCCAGAAUGUGAUUCAAAACGAAGCUCAUCAUCACGAAAUGACAACGAAAAAUCUAAAACUCGUAGUAGUGAAGAUAGAGGAAGUGCUUCGAGUUAUCGCAGUAGUAGUCGUAGUUCAGUCAAAGAUCGGUCAAAGAUUGAUAAUAAGGAUUUCAAAGGAUCUUCAUUUAAUGCUGAUCAUAAAAAGAUUAGUCCUCUCAGUGAUCGUGGUUUCAAAGAUAAGAAGCGUUCGCCAGUUUCGUGGAAUAGAAGUCGUAGUAGAAGUCGUAGCUGGAGUCGAAGUCGAAGUAGAACCCCAUCUAGAAGAGACGACAGGUUGUCAUGGGAUCGUCAAAAACGUAUUGGUCGUGUUGAUGAUAAGAGAGAAAGAUUUUCGAGAAGUCCAGAUCGUCGUGGGCGGUUGAAAGCUUUUACUAGCAAAGAUCGUUCCCAUAGAAGUACUGAAAGUGAUAGAAACCGUGAACGUGAUCAUAGUUGUGAUAAAAGCCACGAAAGAGAUUGGAAUCGAGGAAAAUUAGGUGAUAAGUCUUAUGACCCUAUGGAAAUUUUGAGAGGCUCUUAUAAUAUUGAUAAGAAACGACCGAGUGAUUUGACAGAAAGGCCUCAUGAUGCAUUGGAUAUGUACCAUAAAAAUAUAAACUUAGAAAAAGAUAGUGAUACUCCGUUUACCCGUGAAUUGGAUAAGCCUCGUUAUAGAAGUAGAAGUAGAAGCAGAGAACGACGAAGCCGUGAUAUCGAUUGGGAUAGAUCUCGCGAAUCCCCCGACUCAUGCCGUGGCACCAGAGUUUCCGACCCACGAAAAUCAUCUCGGCUCUCCCCGAGAUCAAGAGGAUCUCCAUCGAGAUCUUCCGGCCGUGGUAGAUACACAGGUCGCUCUCGAUCCCGGUCAUGGAGCAGAUCCAGAUCAAGAAGCCGGUCACGAUCAAUUUCAAGGUUCAGAUCAAGAUCUCGAUCAUCUUCACGAUCAAGAUCACGAUUAGGAUUGAGAAAUUCAGAUCGUUCUCGAAGAUCAUUAGAUAGGUCACGGCAUUCAAGAUCAUUUUCUCCAGAGCAACGAAAAUUAAAUAUUAUUAGGGAUAUGAGAUAUCAAAGGAGCACGAGUAAAGAACGAAUUCAGAAAAUAGAAACAAUUAUUCAUCCAUCUGGAAUGAAUUCAUUGUCUCAUGAAGAAUCUCAAUGUGUUCCACGAAUAGACGAUUCAAAUAAUAUACCAGUGCCUACACAACAAUUCGAGUAUUCUUAUUACGGGGGAAAUAAUUUAACUUAUCCACCACGUUUAGAAACUACUACUAUUACUACUCCAGCUAUUGCUGCUGCUGCUACUAUUACUACUACUACCACCAUAAAUCCACCAGUAAGUUCUCCAAAGCGUCUUUCUCUAGAUGAUAGACUAGAAUUGGAAUUAGGAAUUAAGAAAAAUCAAGAGUCAUUACCACCACCUCUGCCACCAUUACCACCGCCACCACCACCUCAUCCUUACAAUAUUCCCAAAUAUCAACAAACAAUGGCAUACCCACCUACUCCAGGAGUGCCAGUUCUCCAACCUCGUAUUCCAGCACCUCUUCAUGCUCCAUAUGUACGUCCACAACAGCCUACAGUGCUGCAAGUGGGCAAUGUUCUACAAGUAGUACCAGCAGACUUCAGUGGUCCAGUUCCUCCUGUUGGAAUUAGAAACGACAUACCAACACCACCAUCAUCAACUGGAAACAACAAUACAAAUCGUACACUGCGUGUAGGUAAUGUAAUACAAGUUGUACCAUCUACAUCAUUAGACUGGAGUGGACCUGUACCUCCACCAGCACCAGCACCAACACCGACAUUAGCGCCUUCACUACCACCAUUACCAAUGAGUAGUGUCCCAAUAGCAGUUCCUGUUCCAGUUCCAAUGCCAAUCGGUACUAAUGUACCAGUCUUACCAGCAGUUUCACUUCCAAUGAUGGUUCCUGUACCUUCAAUCAACCAUAUUCAACCAAUCCCACCACCACCUCCACCACUACCACCACCUAUUGCAGCCCUUCCUAAACUUGAACCACCAAAAGCACCACCACUUCUUCAGCCGAUCUACAACUACGAAGCGAUUAUGGAAGUCAGGCGAAAAGAAAAAGAAGAACGGAAACGACUGCGUGAAGAAAAACGACUUGAAAAAGAACGUAAAAAAAUUGAAAAAAUGCGUCGUCGUGCUAAACGAACUCUUGGACAAUCUAGUAGUCGCAUAAAUACUGACUUACCAGUUGAACCUGAUACAACUAUUGAAAGUGAAGCAGAAAUUGUAGCAGUGAGUGCGCAACCUAAGCCUUUAAUUGACGAUGAAGAUCUCGAUGACCCAAUAACUGCGCCACUUGAACAACCAGAUGAAAAUGCUCCGGAAGAUGAAGAUGAAGAAGAGGAGUAUGAUGAGGGUGAUGUUGAAGAAGAUGAUGAAGAAGAAGAUGAGUACGAGGAACCUGAAGCAGAAAUUGAAGAUGAUGAAUCUCGUGUAAUUAGUUUAAUUGAUCCACAACCUGAUGUUGAAAUACCUAGUCUUAAUGAAACUGUUGAUGAAGAGUCAACGUCUAAUGCUAAUGUCACUGUCACAACUCCGCUGCCCCCACCACCUAGAAAAGGGAUUCUUGUCCCUCCAGGUCUAUGGGAUGAAAGAAUUGUUAACGGUGUACUAGAUGAUGAUUCUAAUACUGCUUCUAGUGCUACAGAGGUAUUAACACAAAAUAAUAGUGGAGAUCAAUUGCCGACAAAUUUGAAUGAAGAAAAAGAAGAUGAAAUAGACCCAGAAGAAAAAAGAAUACGAACACUAAGACAACGUAGAUCACGUAAAUCAGUACAGUUUGCUGAUGGUAUAAAACCAGGUGAAGGUACAAGUCCAAGUGGCGGUGAAGGUGACAUGCCAUCACCACCACCACCAGCUCCUAUGUCAUUACACGAUCCUCUUCAUGAACAUAUACGAAGGUCUAGGUCUAGGAAAAAUCGAAAGAAGGCCAAACGUGCCAAACCAUUGAAAAUCAAGAAGAAAGUCAAGGUAAAAAUAAUAAAACUGAAAAAGCCAAAAAUCACACCAUUGACAUCAAUGAUGUUGGAUGAUUUGGACGAUUUGGACGAUCGUUCACCACCACCGCCACCACCGGGAUCUCCUCCACCUCCUCACCUAUGGCCAAGUUAUUUAGCAGCCUACAGCGCUAUUUUACGUCCCGUUGAAACAACAUCAUCACCUAGUACCAACCAAGCUCCACCUCCUCCUACUCCUCUACCACUAUUGGUUCCUCCACCUCCACUAAAUUACACCAUUCAACCUUGUAACAAAGCAUAAUUCUUCAUAUUAAUUUCUUUUUUUUAGUAGAAACCGAUAAAUCAAUCUAUAAAUUUCUCCAAUUGAACAAAAAACGUUAUUUAUACGACUUCAAAAUGUAUAUAAAAUUUUACGUUCUAUCUACUUAGAGAUAAGAUUAAUAGCUAGUUUUUUUUUUUAUCAACAAUAACUUUAAGUACUGAGUACAGUUAUAAUAUUAUAUAUUACAUACUUAAAAUAGUUUUAAUUGUUUCCUUUGCUAUUAUAUUAACGUUAAAUGUAAAUACAUUAUCAUAAUUUA